UGACACACCGUGGUCCGACAUCCGGUUGUUAGCAUGUGGAUGACCCUGGGCGUUAUAGCUCAUCAUUUCACAAGUGUCAAGUGCUUGUGUCAUUGUCGCUUGACUGUUAACUUCUAGAGACGGCCUGUUAAAGACGAUGGCUUUGUCUGUUCGUCUAUUUGCGGACGUUUUGACGCUGCCGAUACUUGUGUUAGCAUUGGCUUGUUAGCAGUUUUCCACGGUGGUCCACUUUUUCUAAUUUAAAGAUCGACGCGCAAUUAAAAAGGAGAUGUACCUGGUAGGGCUGACAGGCGGUAUCGCCUCAGGGAAAAGCACAGUGUCGUCGAUGCUGCGGGAUCUCGGGUGUCCUAUCAUUGAUGCUGAUGUCGUGGCCAUGAAAGUCGUGGAGCCGCACACGGCCGCCCACUCGCGCAUCGUCUUCCACUUUGGGCCUGAGGUCUUGCUGGAGAGCGGCGAGAUCGACCGGCAGAAGCUCGGCCGGCUCAUCUUUGCCGACGAGGGGAAGAGGAAGCUGCUCAACUCCAUCACUCACCCGGAGAUUCAUAAAGAGAUGCUCAAGCAGAUUGUCUUUUACUUCCUCAGAGGUUACCGCUACGUCGUGCUGGAUGUGCCGCUUCUCUUCGAAACCAGAAGGCUCACUCAGUUUCUCAACCACACUGUUGUAGUUUACUGUGACCCUGCCACUCAGCUGGCGCGCCUGAUGCAGAGGGACGGCCUCACCCAGGAGGAGGCCGAUCAGCGCCUGGCCGCCCAGAUGCCGCUGAACGAGAAGCGCGGCCUGGCCAGCCACGUCAUUGAGAACUCGGGCACGCGAGAGGACACCCAGCGCCAGGUCCUGCGGCUCCACACCAAGCUGGAGGACUCCAUGGACUUCCUUUUGGUCAGGGUGCUGGCUGUUGCCGCCACGGCCGGUCUGGGCGGGAUCCUGCUGUACGCCGCCAAGCUGCUUAUAUCCUAGCAGAGUUCUGAGGACAAGAAUGUGAGGUGAACACCAGGCGGGCAGGUUAGUUCCACAACAGCCUGGUGUCAUGCUGGUAACAAUGGAGCCAUGCUUUCAGAAGGAUUUAGUAGGAUUUCUUGCAAAAAUGCACUUUGAAUAGUUGUUCAGUGCCAUUUUUGUGCUCUUAUAAAUUAGUGUUAGGUAAGUUUAUGAUUCUGUCCAAUGAAAACCAUAAAUUUACGCAUACAAAAAUGUGGAAACACCAUCUUGUGUUCAACAUAAUCCAAAUUGUUCGGAACGGUUUCGUGGCAAUAGAAAUAAUCUGUUGUAAUCAUCACUUUAACCUCAACUGUUAUUUAAAACAGUACAGUAGUGAACUAUUUAAACAUUUUCAUUGGUUAUAUAAGCGUAAAAAUAGGCUUAAAGUCUCUCACAAUUGAAUUUGAACAAAAGUUUGUGUAACUUUAGAGGUAUUUUGUAGGUGUCAUCUGACUUAAAGGGGUCAUAUUAUGAUUUUUUUUCUACAUUUAGAACACUUCCUUGUGGUCUACAUAACAUGUAUUGGAUUUGGUCAAAAUGUUGCAUAGAUUAUGUUUUCCAGACAGUUUUCAAGCUGCUUUCUGACGUUUUUAUGUGCCUCCACUUCGACAGCGUCGUCUCCCCGUCACCUAUGUUAUAGUUUUUUUUAGUCUGCUUCGAAACAAGAGAAUAGAGAAAGAAGGAAUUUAUUGACUACAGCGGACUCGCGCAAAGCUCUUCGGGUAAACCUUUACCAUAUAUGGAGCUAUCCGCUGACAUCACAAAAGGGAAAAACGUCACAAAUUGGGCAAACAGCUCAUUUGGAAAAGUAUAAAGGGAGGCAAGAUUGUUUUAUGAAUAUCUCCACAAUGCCUCCAUGGUUGGAGUUCAAGUUUUUGGGACUUAUGCAGGACCCAAAUACACAAAAACAUGUAGUAAUGUAAGAAAAAGUAGGUUUUGCAUAAUAGGUCCCCAUUAAGAUGUAAAUAGCACAAUAUUGCCUGAAAAACUGCGCAAUGAAAGUAGCACGUCUGCCAUGUUUGCAGAAGUCGUCGCUCAUGUAAACACAGCUUUUUAUUUUUUGUAAGAUGUCCUACUAAUUCUCCUGAGAACAACUUCUGAGCGCAUUAUUAGCACAACUUGCACUGACAGAUGACUAUUUAAAAGGUGUCCACGUGCAAUUUUAAUGGGUUUUACUCACAUGAACGAUGGAUAAUGAUAGCGUGAUGGUAACAAAUAGGCUUAAUAUAUACUUUACUACCAUCCUUUAAAGAAGUUUUAUAGCCAUGCCUUUUGUAGCAGAGUAGCUUGAUCUAACGUCCCCUCACAGAAGAAUGUAUGUUUAUUAAUGCAUUUAUCGUGACAUGAAGAUUAUUAUGAGAAAGAAUGUAUUGACAAUCCAGUUUUAACUGCAAAGUGAGUGAAUUUAUUGUGUUUUCAUACACUCUAAAAGCUUUCUGUACAUAUACUGAUUCUUCUUUGUCUCUCUUGUGUCAACACUCUUUGUAAAGACUGCAACGCCUCACAUAAACGAUCAAACUAAUCUUUGAAACAAACACAAGCUGUCACGUCUUCCUCCUUACAGUAGAUUGGCAAUGCUACA